AUCAUUGACGAACUAAUCUAUAAAAUUACUUUUAUCUCGCUUCAAUUGAAAAUUGAAUAUUUCAAUUUUAAUCUUUAAUUAUAAAUUGAUAUAAAUAUUGUCCAAUACUAGUACAUAUUAAUUACAGCAUUACCAAUAGUUUCUAUAGGUAUAUACUAGUGGAUAUGAUACUGUAAUAUCAGUUUGUAUGAUUAAAAUUCAUGUAUGCAUGUAUUCACAUAUAUGGUAUUUACUGAAUUUGCUAACAUAUGUAUAUAUGUAUAUGAUUAAAAUAUAAUAAUUCAUAAAUAUUUAUCUACACAUUUGCAUGAAGAUUUACAAACAUAAUAAAAAAACCAUAGAGAUGGGAUAUGUUAAAGUUAUUGUUUAUGAUAUAAAUAAAUGAUUAAAAAUAAAUAUUUAUAAUUAUGGAUAUAACAAUACAUGAUAGACUUAAUGCUUUGCAACAAAUUAGUCAACGAAAAUUUAUUGAAAUAUUAGAUACAAUUCCUGGUACAAAAGAUUUAAUAAUAGAACAGAAACUUAUAAAAAUACUCGAUAGCUUUAUAGGAGUCACCACACUCAAACAAUAUGAAGUUGAUAAAAUAUAUAAGUUGGAACAAGGAUUGAAACUAUCAAAUAGUCAACGUAUAUUUUUGGUGUCUAGUAAUUUAAUUUCUUGUAAAAGAGUGCUGGAUCAAAUUCAAUCCGAGAUAUCUCAUGUUACAUCUCAUGUACAAAUCUGUCAUCAUUUAUUAGUUGUACCAUUUAUUCCUACUGUAUUGCAUACAUUAAUAGAAGAAGAAGGACUCAGUGGAUUAAUUACAAUAUAUCCAUUAAGUUAUGAGUUAAUACGAUUAGAUGGAAAUGUUUUAUCUUUUGAAAAUUCAAUAUUUGCGGACUUAUAUUAUUAUAAGGAUGGGACUCUUUUACCUGCAAUGGCACGUAAUUUGUGGUCUUUGUACCUUGUGCUUGGUUCACCCAAACUUAUACUGUCUUUUGGAAAAUAUAGUCAACAAAUUUUAAGAUUUAUUGAAUCUAUAAAACAAUCUGUAAAAUCUUGUAAAACGGAAAAUGAAAUUGGUGCUUUUAUUUUAAUGGAUAGAAAUUAUGAUAAAGUUACUACACUGUUGACACCAGUAACAUACUCAAGUUUAUUAAAUGAAGUUUUCGACAUAAAUGUGGGUAUGAUAUAUACUGGUAAAGCACAAACAAAAUUAGAUCCUGAUAAAGACCAAAUAUAUGGAGAAGUUCGUGACAUACCCUGCAGUAACGUUUUCCCAAUAUUACAUGAAAAGACUAAAUCACUUAAAUCUGAACAAGAAGCAAUAGAAACGAUGAAACUUGCUGAAAUGGGACAAUAUAUAACAACAAAAUUACAAAAAUCAAGAGAUAUGACACAACAAUUGGUUUUUCAUAUAUCAGCUUGUCGAACAAUUGUAGACACAUUAGGAUCCGAGUUUCAAACAUUGCAAAGCAUUGAAAAAUUGAUACUUGAACGUAAAGGAAGGAAAGAAUGUUUAAACUAUAUUGAGAGAAAUAUAGAUGAAAAUCCAUUGAAAUGUUUACGUCUUUUGUGUCUCUUAUCCAUUUGUAAUGAUGGCAUUGUUUCUUCAGAUUUACAAUCUAUUCAGAAAUUACACCUUCAUGCACAUGGUUACAAGAAUAUUCCAUUAUUUUAUAAAUUGCAGAACGUAGGUUUAUUAAAAAUUAAAACAGACAGUGGUAUUAAUAGAUUAACAGAUCAAAGUAAUGAAUGGACUAGUAAUGUACAACGUUUAAAACUUUUACCAAAUAAUACAAAAAUUGAAUCAAAAAGUUCUACAUGUCCCAGCUAUGUUUUUCAUAAUGCUUAUAUACCACUUAUCGCACAAAUUUUAAAUAUCGUCGUGAAUCAAGAUAAAGAAGUCAAAAAUUUCGAUGAAAUAUUAAAAUUACCAGAUUGUAUUAUGAAUGGUCAGCGUGGUAUAUUGUCACCAAAAAUAAUUGUAAUCUGUAUUAUUGGAGGUAUCUCUAACGCAGAAAUAGCUGCAUGUAGACUUAUAGAAAAAUCAAUGGGUAUUAAACUUGUUCUCGUAAGUGAUAGUAUAAUAACUGGUAAUAAACUUAUUGAAAAGAUACAAGAAAUAUGAGAUGAUCAUGUAAAAUUAUAUUUAAUUUGAAUAUUAUUUAUUAAUUUUAUAUAAAGAAUUUCUGGAAAAUAAAGUGACAUGAUUUACCUCAUUCGUAAUGAACAGUUUUCAAAAUUUUAUCUUAUGUAUGCAUGCUAUAAGUGAACGUAAACAAUGUAAUAAUAAUACUACAUAUUAAACAUUCAAGUAAAUAAUUUUAUAAUUAUAUCAAUAAUUUCGGUUUUCUUCUCGAUUACGAUCACGAUCACGAUCGCGUCUCUGUCUUCCCCAAUCUUGUCCUUGUCGAUUAUAAUUUUGACGAUCGCGAAAGUUUCCUUGAUUCCCUCUUGAGAAGAAGUUUCCUAAAAUAAUAUGUAUUUAUAUAUUAAAAUUAAGUUCUAUAAUUAACACACAAUUAUAUAUUUAUGUACAUGCCAGAAAAUAUAGACAAUAUACAUGCUAUGUUUAAAUACA